AAGUCGUCAGCCCCCAAAUUCCCGCAGAACCUUCCUCUUGCCGUCGACACAGUCGUCACUGACAAUUCUUAACCUUCAUCCCCAUUAUCACUUUCCCGCGCAUCCUAUAAUUACCUCUCAAAACUAUCGUUAUUGUUCUCAGUCUCUAUUUUGUGGCAUUUUCACGACAAUGGCGACGCUAACCGAGACCCCGCCCGAUAGGUUCAAGAAGCAUGUCGCAUUUGACAAUGUUACAACCGGCGAACCGACCAAGAAUAAUGCCAUCUCAUUUACGCUCAAUGUUCGACAUAAGGGUUACCAGGCUAGGCGCAGAUCGCGGUGUUUCAUGGUUGGGGUUGACGAGCAUACCUACUCCGAUUAUGCGUUGCAGUGGCUGCUUGACGAACUGGUCGACGAUGGCGACGAAGUUGUUUGCGUGCGAGUAGUCGAAAAAGAACUGCGACUUACGGACAAGCAGUACAGGGACGAUGCAGACUCGAUUAUGAAGGGGAUCGUUGCUCGGAAUGGUAAUAACAGAGCCAUCAACAUUGUCCUUGAAUAUGCCGUGGGCAAGUUACACACGACUUUUCAAGUCCUAAUCCAAAUGUACCAGCCUGCAAUGCUCAUUGUCGGAACUAGAGGACGCACCCUCGGUGGUCUUCAAGGCCUGGUCAACACCCGCAACUCGUUUUCCAAAUACUGUCUCCAAUAUUCACCUGUCCCUGUGGUUGUGGUUCGGCCUACCGAGAAGCGCAUCAAAAAGAAGGCCAAACGUGCCAAUGAUUCUGCCCGACAGACCUACGUGAGCAUGUUGGCCGCAAACGCCGGAAAGCAUGAGGCCGAUAGUGAGGCAAGUAGCAUUUAUGAGCUUGAGGUCCACAACUCGCCCGAUGAAGAAGCGCACCAAGUCGCACGCGCUUUAGGACUACCCGCAUCUUUCGAUCCUACGAUUAAACCCCUCAACCAUAGCCAGAUACCGAAUCGCAGAUCCCCCGACCCUACCGCUACUGCGGACCCUGUUAAUGAGACCUCGGAGAACCAGAGAGUUGUUAAAGAUGAUGUCAGUGUCGCGGCUGAGAGCGAUGACGAUGACGAUGAUGACGACGACUCUGGAGAGUUCGAGGUCAUGAGCGGGCAACAAGCCUUGGACAGGCAGAAGAUGGAUCAGCUUCAUAAGAUGGAGGUCGGUGAAGCAGCAGCAUUCAAGAUGAAGGUGGAUGAGGAACUUGAUGAAGAAGAUGAUACCCCCUCAGCCCCGAAAGCCACAUCAUAGAAGAUGAAGGGCAAGCAGAAACUAGGUACAGACAAUAACAAGCAUAAGAAUAGCACGGGAGAUGAAAUUGCCGAAAGCAACGACAAAUCCUCCCAGGAGAAUAACCAGCUUCCUCAAGUUACUCAGCUAGAUUCAGCAGUAA